UUGUGAGUGUUUGACAUCCAACUCUGCCUGCAGUGGGCUGACGCCGUGGCAGUAUGCUCUGAUCUUCCUCUCCGUGGCUGCUCUGGGAGUUAUUGGAUUCAUUUUGUACCGUUUCCGACUGAGGAUUUGGAGGAACAAGUGGCUGCUCCGUCGUAACGCCCGUGUUGGAAGCCACACGGAUGUACGUGAGGCUUUUACUGAGUCCUCAUCCCAGGAGAUGGCAACACUGAGUAGCGACAGAGUAAGGACAACAGAAUCAGCUGUAAUGACUGGAACUGUGGGAAGUAGUGAAUUUGAAGAGGUUGACGUAAUCCUCCCCGGAGCCACCUGCCCCUCCCCCUGCCUAUCCCACCGUGUGGACUGUGACUCACCGGGGAGGAACAGCCGUGACGACAAACGUGACAGCAUGACCGAGACACUGCUGCAGACCGACCCCGAGGAUGUCCCAAUACCGGCUGGUAUUGUGGGACCUUGUGAUAAUAAAGAAGGGUUGGGUGAAAUGCUGCCAGGAGCUACAUGCACUUCCCCUCCCAUGUCAGCCUGAGGAGGAUUGACUGCCAACCUGAAGACCACUCCUCUAAAUAUACCAGUCUCUAUGCACGAGGACUAAGAGACUGAUGAUCGUCAUUCUACACUGAUCUGCGUAUACAUCUUUACAAUACUGAGCAAAGUCCUAACUUUAGCACCCUGUUCAGGGUGCACGACUUAAGACCUUGUUAUGUUUUCUGUAGGAUGUAUUUUUAUCAAGAUAAAUACAUUAGUAGUAAUGGU